UUCUUUUGAUCACUAUCCUCAGACUUCUUAUUCUUUUUUACCAUAUAAUUAUUUACAUUAUCCCAUAUUUUAUAAUAUAAAAAUUUAUGAGUGGUGGUGAUAAUUAAUCAAGUAAAUAAUAAGAAUCUAAGAUAGGUGUUUUGCUCAUUCUAUUGACAGGUGUUGUUCCCUUCUCUUCUCUCAAAUCCUUUUUAUUUAAUUUCUUAGAGUGGAGAGUACUUAAUGAGCAAAGGAGUGUUAAGAUUUCCAGAUCUAAUCACAGUCGUGGUCAUAAGUUUUUUGUGAGAGAAAGAAAGUAAAAGCUCUUUUGUCGUCUUUUGCUCCUUUCUUUGGACUUUGAAUUUAGACACAACUUGUUGUCGAAAAUCCUUGAGAUUCUCAAAUUUAGAACAAGUAAAGGUUGAAACUUUCUGAGAGAGAGAAGAAGAAGAAGAAGAAGAAUGGGUCAUUACGCAGCAGUGUGGGAUGAUAAAGCAGCUACUGAGAUUACCAAAGAUUGGAAUGGCAUUGACCAAGUCCUUCUCCGAAACACACAUGGCGCUUCAGCAAAGAUUAGUUUACAUGGAGGACAAGUGAUUUCAUGGAGGAAUGGCCAAGGCGAAGAGCUUCUUUUCACUAGCAACAAGGCUAUCUUCAAACACCCAAAAUCUAUGCGUGGAGGGAUCCAGAUUUGUUAUCCUCAGUUUGGAGAUUGUGGAUUACUGGAUCAACAUGGCUUUGCAAGGAACAAAAUCUGGGUUAUUGAUGAGAAUCCACCUCCUCUUACCUCAUACGAAUCCUCAGGAAAAUCAUAUGUUGAUCUUCUUCUUAAACCAUCAGAAGAGGACUUAAAGCAAUGGCCUCACAGUUUUGAGUUCCGUCUUAGGGUUUCACUUGCCAUAGAUGGCGACUUGACAUUGAUUUCUCGUGUUAGAAACAUCAAUGGCAAGCCCUUUAGCUUCUCAUUCGCAUAUCAUACUUACCUCUCUGUCUCAGACAUAAGUGAAGUGAGGGUGGAAGGGUUAGAGACAUUGGAUUACUUGGACAACCUCAGCAAAAGGGAGCUUUUGACAGAACAAGGAGACGCUAUAACCUUUGAAUCUGAGAUAGACAGGACUUACCUUAGAUCUCCCAAAGUGGUAGCAGUUCUUGACCACGAGCGGAAAAGAACAUAUGUUAUUGGAAAGGAAGGACUUCCAGAUACAGUGGUAUGGAAUCCAUGGGAGAAGAAAUCAAAAACCAUGGCGGAUUUUGGGGACGAUGAGUACAAGAGCAUGCUUUGUGUGGAUGGAGCAGCAGUUGAGAGACCAAUCACUUUGAAGCCAGGAGAGGAAUGGACCGGCAAGCUUAUGUUAACUGCUGUUAAGUCCAGCUUCUGCUUUGAUCAACUUGAACUACAGAGCAAAGGAUUCUGAUUCUUUGUCUCUUUUAGAAUCCCUUCCUUGAAGAAUAUUAUGCUUAUUCCAUUGCAAUGUCUCUGCAGUUUUUUUGUACUGCAUCAUUGGAAAAGCAGAAUCAUCGUUUGCAUGUUUGAUCUUUUUUUCUCAGUUUAGAAGUUUAUAAACCGGUGAUUUCUUAGACCGGUUUUGGUGUUGUAGUGACCAAAAAGCCUAUGCUUUUACUCUUCGCAAUGGCUAGUUUAUGAAUAUAUAUGAAACAUUAGAUGUUCAA